AUGGCAAACCAAUUAAUUCAAAUGAAAGUCCCAAUUGAAAGAAUUCGUGGAAUUAUAAUAACCAGUCCACAGGCUAACCGUUCAAGUGGAAUAGGAGGAAUUGUUCAUAUUAUUUCAUUUUCAACAAAAGGAAAAGUUUGA